AUGGCUACUAGAGCGGCUGGACAGGGAGAAGGCAUGGUUCAACAUAUUGACGAAGUUAUGAUGGAAGUUAUGGAAAAGCUCCAGCUUAUUGUCAAUCAUCUGCAAAAAUUCGAGCUUAAUAGACCCUGUAAUAAGAUCGCUAAGGGUGCAAAUGAUAUAAUCACUGCAUUUAUGGAGGGUACCGUCGACCUCCCACAAGAUCAAAUGGAGAUAAAGAUCAAGGUAGAAGCAACGAGCAAGAAGAGCCCAAAACAGAAUGGCACGCCCAAUAUAGCGAGAUCAAAAGAGGAUGAGACACUGGCUGGCACUAUCGAUAUCAACAAUUCAAGUAAAGACAGUGUCAGCCAGGUUAAUAUGCGCAGCAGGGCAUUAGGAGAGUUGUUAGGACUCCACCCGGAUACCUCAGUUCUGACAGUGCCUUCACCAACCAGAGUUGCAUGUUCGGCUGAACGGGUUCUACUUCCAUCUGGUGGCGCAGUCAGCCUCCAGUGGAAGCCUCUAGAGCCCAAAGCUAGCAAGGUGACGGUGAUAGGAAUAUUCCCACGGAAUGUGUUGGGCUUUCUCUCCUCCAAGAUCCACGAAGGCCCGCUAUACAGUAUUGAUAUCUAUCCUGACAAGGGGUACGCGGAGAUCAUUUUCCAGCAUUCUGAGCAGGCGGCCGAUUUUAUCGGGAGCGAUCGAGCCAUAGCGUCUAAGCUUGGGUAUGGACGUUUUGGGCCGGGAUAUUCGAUUGCUAAUGUACAGGAAUUCAUGUGGCAUACAGAGCUUCGAAAGAUGACCCAGAUACCACGGGAGCGGCGCCGGUUGACGUUCUCCAAAGCCAAGUUGCUUGGACAUCAUCUGAGCUUUACGCAGUUUCGGGAGAAGGUUGCCGCGGCCGCAGGAGGGAUUGAUGCUAUUGAUAUUGCAUGGGCAUAUAAUUCCGGCAACGUGACUGUUGUUUUCAAGAGCGUGCAAGUUGCUAAGACCGUGAGGCAGUAUUUUGUAGCGCAAUCAACUAAGAACGGCCUUUUCAGGAAGCUGGUUGUCACAUUUGCAACAGACCCUUGUGAAAGGCCAUUGUUAUUAUGUUCACAGGUGCUACCGUCUGCCAAUGAUGCAGCCUGCCGGAAGCCUAGAAGCAUCAAAGUGUCGACCAGCCAGAGAUAA